AGGGGCGGAAGUGACGUAGCGUGGGGCGGGUCCGGCCACGCACAAUGGGCCAUGGAGUUCUCGUUCGAUGUGGAUGCGCUGCUCCCGGAGCGGAUCACGGUGCUGGACCAGCACCUGCGACCCCCAGCCCGCCGACCCGGAACCACAACGCCGGCCCGUGUUGAUCUGCAACAGCAAAUUAUGACCAUUGUAGAUGAACUGGGCAAGGCUUCUGCCAAGGCCCAGCAUCUUCCUGCUCCCAUCACCAGUGCAUCAAGGAUGCAGAGUAACCGCCAUGUUAUGUAUGUGCUCAAAGACACUUCGGCGCGACCGGCUGGAAAAGGAGCCAUUAUUGGCUUCCUUAAAGUUGGAUACAAGAAACUCUUUGUACUGGAUGAUCGUGAGGCUCACAAUGAAGUAGAACCACUCUGCAUUCUGGACUUUUACGUCCAUGAGUCACUUCAGCGCCACGGCCAUGGGCGAGAACUCUUCCACUACAUGUUGCAGAAGGAGCGAGUUGAGCCACACCAACUGGCCAUUGAUCGACCCUCACAGAAGCUGCUUAAGUUCCUGAAUAAACAUUACAACCUGGAGACCACAGUCCCACAGGUCAACAAUUUUGUGAUCUUCGAAGGCUUCUUUGCCCAUCAGCAUCGGCCCCCUGCUCCCUCCCUGAGGGCAUCUCGACACUCUCGCGCUGCUGCGGGCGAUCCUACACCCACUGCUCCAGCAAGAAAGCUGCCACCCAAGAGAGCAGAGGGAGACAUUAAGCCAUAUUCCUCUAGUGACCGAGAAUUUCUGAAGGUAGCCGUGGAGCCUCCUUGGCCCCUAAACAGGGCCCCUCGCCGUGCUACGCCUCCAGUCCACCCACCCCCCCGCUCCAGCAGCCUGGGAAACUCACCAGAACGGGGUCCCCUCCGCCCCUUUGUACCAGAGCAGGAGUUGCUGCGUUCCCUUCGCCUCUGCCCCCCACACCCUACUGCCCGCCUUCUGCUUGCUACCGACCCUGGGGGCAGCCCAGCCCAACGUCGGCGCACCAGCUCCCUUCCCCGCUCUGAUGAGAGUCGAUACUGACAGAUAGUUACCCCCUUCCCUCCCUUGGGAGACCUGGGGUAGGCAGCGCCCCCUCUUCCUGAGAACCCCAGAUCCACUCUUCCAUUGUAGUCCCCAGGUUCCAGUGGAACCUGACAGCUCAUAGGAUUCCCUCUUCUGCUUUCUUGGGCAAAGGUGUUGUCAGGGUCCCAGAUGGCCUAAUGCUUUGUAGCUUGUCUUACUGUCGAACACACGCCUUCUUUCCUAAGUGGGCUCUGAACACUCCCAUAAAUAGCCUGAUUCGCUGCCAGAUCCCUUGGUUGGGUGGCUCAUACUCAUUACCCAGAGAAGCACACUCUUGCUUGCUGUUAGACUCUAGAACAUCUUGGAAGGUCCAAGGGUCUCCUCUGCCAGGGAAACGUUUUAAGGAGUCUUGUCCAUGGAAUAAAUCCCAUAGUCCUUCUACAUUGUUACUGGUGACUCUGAUACUGUUUUGUGCUGCCUACCACACUUACGUUCUCAGCCUGCCGAAGCCAACCAACGAGCUCUGCUUCAGAGCAGUUCAGUGAUAAAGGACAGGUCUUAGACCAGGUCCCCAAAGGGAUCCACUCAACAUUGCCAAACUUUUAAUCUCCCUGUGUUUUGUGUAUUGUGUCCGGGAACCCCCAAGCUGAUGUCUGCUCUGAGGCUCUAAAGACUCCCCACACUUCUAAAGAUACCACCACUUCCCCCAGAUCCAGAUUCUGUGAGGGAGUUUGGUUCUUGGCAGUAGAUCCCGUUGAGUAUCCUGGGAUCCCUUUUAGCCAUGUUUCAGAAGACAAGCCCUGAGUCUCAAGUACCUGUUAGCUUCUGGGAUCCCCUCUCACAUACACCCUGCCCCAAUAGCUAGAGGACGGUAUAUUCCAGUCUUGUGAGAUUGUCUUGAGGUGAUAGGGGAACCCUCCCUCUGGCCUUCCUUCCUUUUCUCCAUAGCAAGAACCUUCCCUGCUCCGUACCCAGCGUGUGGAGCGCCCUUCCCCGUCUCUACUCACUGAAUGUGUGGCGAUCGGGUGCCCCACGUGUUCCCCCGUCCCGGUACUUGGGAGCAGGAUCUCCCUCUCUCCCAACUCCUUUUCCUUCUCCUUUUCAGUGUUGUCUGAAUAAAGUGUGUUCUUUUGUGUUUUAUAAAUGGACAUUUUCAAUGAAAAAAAAAAAUCAAAAAACCCCCAAACUUCAGGUCUCAGCCUCGUUUUUGUGUCACCUGAUUUUUGUUCCUGGGAUUGCUGGCCCUCUGAUUUUCCUUACCUUUGUGAUCUGCUGGAUCUUCUGUGGAUUCUGUCUCCUGUCAUGUAGUAACUGGAUCCCUCUGUAUAGGCUUUUAGAUCUAUUUCCCCAUUCCCUCCAGAAACCUCCAGUUCCCCCUAGUGACUUCUGCCCUUUAGCCUAGGCCAGCCAUGUCAAGAUUUACCAACAUCUCUGGGAUCCACUCAUUGCCUCCUGACUGUUCCUUGGAUUCCUCUUCCCAUUCUGAUUUCCUGCCCUCUCCCCCACCCUUGGACCUCUGUCAAGACAAUUCCUUUUCCUCCUGAAUUCAGCCUUGUCACUCCCUAUUACCCUCUGGUCUGACGUGUAUUAUAAUUAAAGUAACCAUGUUUUCUAAACCAAACCAGGGCACCUGGUCCAACAAA